AUGGACCUUGCGAACACGCUCAUCCGGAGCGUCGUCCGCGCCUUCUAUGAGACCCGACACAUUUUGGUAGUUGAUGCGCUUUUUCUCCACUCGGUUCUGCAUGCGGAAGAUCUUGCAUUCGUGAUGGGGAUGCAACAGAAAGAUCUCCGCAAGCUAUGCGCUCGGUUGCGCGAGGAUCGCCUAAUCGGAGUAAGCACGCGCGCCGAGAUUCGCGAUGGGUCAACCCGUCCCGUGAACCGUGAAUACUACUAUAUCCCGCUCCACCCAGUCAUCGACGCAAUCAAGUACAAAGUCUCGAAAUUGACCUCUACAAUCAAAGCGCAAUAUACACCAAGCGAAGAGCGGAAGGAAUAUAUCUGUCUUCGCUGUGGUCAAGAGUGGACUGAGCUGGACGUGUUGAGUUUAGUCUCGGAGGAAGGCUUCGAGUGCCAGAACUGCGGGGCCAUCCUCGAGCGAACAGAAGAUGUUAAGGGUGUAGAGGGUAUCGACCGCACAGGCCACGAGAAGAACAGCAAGCUGAUGGCUCAGCUGGAUAAUAUGCUCAAAUUGCUGAAGCAGAUCGAUUCCGUCGAGAUCCCACCCAACGACUUCGAUACGGCCUGGGACCAUAAAGUCGAGAUUGCCCGAAACCAGAACACACACCCUGUUCGUCCCGCAAUCGCUGUGGCCCCCAGACAACAGGAUGUCACACGUGCCAACGUCAAAACAGACGCUGCUGCCCUGGAGAUCUCACUCACGUCCACCGAAGAGAAGAGCGCCGCCGAGCAGGCGGAGGAAGCUGCCCGCAAAGCAGCCGUCGAGAAACAGAACCAACUUCCUGUUUGGCAUACAGAGUCUACUGUUAACCGUGAAACAAUCGGUGAUGCCAAUGUCAAGAAUGAAGCCGGUGUACCUGUGAAAGCGGAAAUGGGAGACGAAGACCAGAAGCCCAGCCUUGAUGCACUGGACGACAAGGUGGCCGCUUACUACGCUGAGAUGGCACGGGAGAAGGCCCUGCAAGCCGAGGAGGAUGCCAGUAGCGGCGAAGAAGACUCUGAUGAUUUCGAUGAAUUCGAAGAUGUCGGUCUUUCCGGCCAGAGUGGUCCAGCCACCCCCGCAACAGCGGCUGGUCCAACCAGUGUUCCUACGCCCUCUUCUGCCGUUGCUGGUAUUAAACGUGAUCUUGAUACCGCAUCAAGUGCUGCCCCGUCUUCUGCUGGAACACCGACUACUCCAGCUGAUGAUGAGCCAAGUGCUAAGAAAAUCAAGACUGAACCUGGUGUCACUGCCGAGCCUGCUAUCAAACAAGAUCAUGUUGUGAAGGCUGAGCCAGGUGUUAAAGAAGAGGAGUCGGAUGAAGAUGAAGAUGAGUUUGAGGACGUUUGA